AUGCUUGCGCCUCACAUUGUGCACAUCCGCCACUCGUUUGCGUCGUCGACAUCGUCGUCUUCGUCCUCGUGUUCCUCGUCCUCGUCGACGUACCGCCUUGACGCGACUCGCGUCGAGAUUGUCCGCGCCUCGAUCCGCUUGCCGUCGGACGCCACCAAGGCCAAGCCCAGCAAUGACAGUGUCAUCUUUGUCAUCAAGGUGCACACUGCGUCUGGCUACCACCUCGUCGAGCAGAGCUGGGCGGCGUUCACGCAGCUCAAGGAGGCGCUGCUCCUUGCACUCGACCCGGGACACGCGUGCAGCGGCGUUUGCCCGUGGCUCUGGGAAGACCUGUACCACAACUUUGAGCACCCGACGAAGAAGGUCGACCUCCGCACGUGGCUCCACAUGCGUCUCCACCGGCACACCAAGCGCACGAUCCAAGUGUAUCUCGAGCACUUUCAGGAGCUCCUCGACUCGAUGCUGCACUUGCUCCGCCAGCGCCACCUCCAGUGCCACCAGUUCCACGACGUCUGCGACGUCUUGGCCCAGUUCCUUCAAGUGCCAUCGAUGCUCGACACGUGCGCGUCGAGCUCACUGCACCACGGCCUCCGUUUCUAGACGCGCCUUGUUAGUUUUAGUUAUUUAUUGUACGCCAAUGCUAGUACGUAGUCAUUUGCCACCACUGG